UCCAUCUCUUUCUCAUUUAAAUCAUGUCAUCUAGUAACGAGGUGUAAUCAGUGUGACAAUACACGGGCCAGCCAAUUAAAAUGCGUCAGUAUUAUUACUUCUCAGCUUCCGAAACCUCACUAACACCCACCCACCUCUGAUUACAUAAGCUUCGUGAGUUAGUAUAAGCUUAGAUAAGAGAUAACGGUUGUCUGUGUGAGAUGACCAACUAAACUGAACUCAAACAGGACUUUCCUCACCUCAUUUCUCUUCCGCUCUCUCUCUCUUUCGCUUUCCAAACUCUCCCUCUCCUCCUUCAUCCUUUAUCUCUCCCUCUUUUCUUAUCAAACAUACAGGGUCUGCAGCGGCCGGUGAGGAACGUCGUUGGCGCGCGCGCUCCUGCCAACUGUCUGUGUGCUUGAGUAUGUGAGUGUGCAGUGCGCGCACACAUGAGCCUCUCUCGGUGAUGUGAGAAAUCAAGAGGGACACAUCUCUUAAGCCUCCUUGUGGUGGGAUUUCAAUUUGAUGCACUAAACGUAGCGCGCGUCUUCGCUCUCACACACUCUCCCUGCAUGUGUGUGAGUGCGCGCGUGUGUGCACGUGAGCGUGUCCGCUCGCUGCAGCUCCGGUGUCGGGCAAGCCCUCUCACUGCUGCACUUCAGCCAAUGUGGAACAACUCGUCUGCAGCCGGCCGCCUCACAUGGCUCCUAAAGAAGCGGAUAUGCCCCAGUGCCACGGGAGACUGACGCCUUCACUGUCUUCCUCUCCUCCGCUAAUGGUCCUCUCAGGGAGUUAUGGUCAGUAAGGAGGCAGGCUGCUGCACUCUGUCAAGCUCAGAGUCUGACUCGGAGUCCGGCGGUCCUUUGCUGGAGCGGAGCGGAGCAGACGUGGUACGCAAGCGAAACAAAGCCCUGCAGGUGCAUUUUAAAGACAUCUGCGAGGCGCAGAAUGAGGCUGCCCACCGAGGUGCCAGAGACCGCUCUGUUUCCUGCAAGGUCAUUCACCAGAGGUACAUGACAAUGCCGGCGCGCCGCUCCAUCCCGAAUGUCACCAAGAGCACGGGUGUGCAAACCUCGCCCGACUUGAAAAAGCGUUACCAGACUUUCCCCUUCGAGCGCAAAAAGGGAAACAUAAUCAAACACACCGCUCUAGUGGAGAACUACCCAGAUCAAAACAAUGGCAUUUUGAGUGAUGUGAAGGGUGGGGAAUGUGGGACAAGGUGCGACGGAAGGGUGCAACAGACCCGAGUGUUGCUCCACACUACACCACAGUGCAGUGACGCUAAGGACUUGUGUGUUGGGCCAGACUGUUCGGAUGGGAAACUCUGCCCUGAUCCGUCAGACAUGGUUUUAGAUCAGUCAGACUCAAGGAGAGACACUAACGUCCCAGGGAGUGGGGCCAAGCACAAAGGAUUACCCAGUGAAAGCAGGGCAGGGGCAGGCCAGCAGCCCAACUGUGCCUCCUCAACCAAGCUGACUCAACCUCUGCAGGUCAGGGGUGACUGUUCAAAGAUUUCUGGCCCUAUUGCAUGGACAUCCUUGACACAAGUGGAAUGCCCAGAGAGUCCCUCAGGGAGCUGUAAACGCAAAAAAGACACGGUGCAGCUUAACGGAUUGCAGGCGCAGUCUCAAGCUUUGCAUCAUUCAGAGAGUUGCGCUUCCCAGGCCCACAUACAGGCCCACUGUCACAGUAGCCAAAACUUGGGCACCGCAGAGACCCGGCAGGGCACACAGGGGCAUCUGAUUGCUCUCCCUGGGGCUGAUGGGAAUGUGAAAGACAGGCUUCAAGCCAUGGAGUCUCUGAUCAACUCCAGUCAAGAAACCAUCAAAGUGCUGCUGGGGGUCAUUCAGGAGCUAGAAAGAGGAGAAGCACAGCGAGAGGGACUGUCUUAUCGAACUGGCCAGGAUACAGCCAACUGUGACACGUGUCGUAACAGUGCCUGCAUCAUAUACAGUGUGGAACUAGAUUUUAAACUUCAAGAGGACAAACUGCAGCCAUUAAUGAAGAGACUGUGUCCAUUGGAAGAGCCGUCCUACCCUUCUCUGCCUUACACACACGAGGUGUUCACCUCCACCCCCAAACGCAAGUCCAAGACUGAGUCCAAGAAGCAUGCGCGUUGGAAACUCUGGUUCCUCUAAUAUGGAUUCAGGAUCCCUGAAACCAUCACAACGAGUGAAUUCUAGUGGAAUUUUGCUUGACUAAUCGGAUAAACAUGGAGAAAUGCUCACUGCUAGCCACCGUUUUGGAACAUGGGAUCCACUGAGUGGCUGGAUUCUAAUGAGGAAUAACAGUUGUUUUCUGAUCAUGAACCUCUGAUAAACCCUCUGAGUUUGGGAACUGCUGAAUUCACCUGAUCUCACAUUUUUCAAUGGGAUUACGCAAUGAUCCUUAGGUUUAGUCAAGUUAGCAAGGGAUCCUGCAGAGGCGACAAGAAACUUCAAAGCUAAAUGCUAGUUUGCCACAAAGCUACUUUGGAGCCGUACAUCAAAGACAUCUAAUCAGCAAAGCACACACUUUUGGGAAUUAUAAAGUAGAUUUGAUAGCUGAGAUAUGCCUCUGUCUCUUUCCCAGUCUUUCUUUCGUUUUUUCUUUCUUUCUCAAAGUCUCUCACCUCUUCAAUUUUAAAUGAAAAUUGAUUACCAUUCUAUAACAGAAUAAAUUAAAUUAAUGAAAUUAAAUUAGUGUGUAAAUGCAGAAUCAGCUGACUGCAUGCACUAAUAAUAAAUGACUUUGUAGAGAUAUUUUUUUUCUGAAAAAAGUUGCACAAUUAGUAUGUCAGAAAUGGUUAGGCUGUAAAUGUAUGAACGAAAAAGGGUUUACACACUGGUGUUCUCAAAAAAGUAAAAUAAUACUAAUAAUUUGGAUUUCUGCAUCAAAUAAUGGGCAAUCAAUAUUUCUGAAAUAAGAAAAACAUUUACAGUAAAAUUUCGAUUUGCAGAUGUUCAGGUCUGAAAGUAUUUUCUUGGGAAUAUGACGCUGUAUUUAUAAUAUAAUAUAAUGUAAACCUAGGUACAUUUUUCAGUAAAUAUAUUUUUCAGACUCAUAAAGAUGCUUGAGAAUUGGCUGGAGAUUACAGACAAUAUGUUCCAUGGUGAAAAAAUAUGAGAACACCUGAAAUCUGUUUAGAUGGUCAUUGUUUUGUGUUAUAGGGUGGAAAGUGCACAAAUACAGAAUGCAAAACAAUAGAAAUAGGCUCUAUCCUAUAAAACACACCACUCUGUUCAAGCUGCCGUGUCAUUUGCUCAAUUCAAUUUGAAUGAUGGCAGUCAAUCACUGAAAUAUUGUGCUUGUUUACCAACCUAAAGCAAAGUAAUGAAACAAUCACAACACAAAUUGGGGAGUGUAAAAAUGCAGGUAACAUAUAGAGGGCUAUGUAUAUAGAAACUGUGCUUCGCAUUUUAUUAGCUUUAAACAGUCUUUGUGUUAGAAAUUCACUACAGUGCCAAACACUGUAUUUAGCUGGUAGCCCGAGAACCUUCAUACUUGGAGGACAUUUUUGAUAACUAUUGGUUAUAUAUUUAAAAGUAAUAAUAUGUUCAAACAAAAAAAUCCCUGGUCACAGUAUCUUGUUGUUUAAUUGGAGCACAGUACCUGCAUAUUCUUGUAGCAUAACACAAAUGCAUCAUUAUACCUUGAAAAAAGUGCAAUUGAUUUAUAUUGUGCAAUAUUACAUUUUAUACAAUUUCUACCCACAGUGCAUUUAAAAUAAAGAAACUGAUGCAAAAUAUUAUGACUCGACUGUCCUGUUCCCGUGAACAUUCUUAAGUGUCAGACCAAAGGAGUGUGGGUUGCUUUGGGGUUCUUACAAAGUGGAUUGCGGUGAUAAUACUCAGUUCAUGAAGAUGAUUGAAUAGUGCUUUGAACCGGACUCAGCUGGAGGAUGAGUUGGUUGCAACACUUCUUCUCUCUAAAAUUGAUUGGCUUCAGCUUUGGUGCACACUCUACAGACGUGCUCUGUGAUUGGACGGCCUCCAGUAGAACACCUGCUGCCAAGAUAUUGUCAGUCAUUUUGAGUCUUGGGAUGAAAUAUUCCUCUGAACUCUUUCUGCAAACGUAACUAAUGUAAACAUGGGAAUAUAAAUCUGCUGACCCAUCGUAGGGAUAUGACCACAAACAAAUCUCUCCAGACUUUACAUGCACUUAUUCUCUGAUCAGACAGCCUUAUUUUAAUAUUGAUAACAGUUGCUACUUAAGAUGAUAAGCACGUGGAAGUCGUGACCAAAAUGACAAAGAAAACUGAUUGCAGUUUUGUGUCCUUCCUUGCAAUCUUUUCAAACUAAUUCAAAAACAAGUCUUGUUUAAGAAGAAAAACACAUUGGUACAGGGAAACCCAAAAAAGGAUUUGCAACAGCAACAAU